AUGCAGCUAGCGACGUUCGUGGACCGCGUGGGGGCGGCCAUCGCCGGUCAAGACGGUGAAUCGAUGGCACAGAUGCUGAAUCUGACGGGAGGCUGCGCAGGUGUGGAUCUGCGCGCAAUGACGGCUCAACAAGUGGUGCAGACGUGCCACAACAAGAUGGCACGCUUCAACGGAUACGCUGAGGUGGUGGCUGGCAUCAUGCUGGCGCGCAAGCACCUUGAUUCCCAGAGCUUUGCAGACGCAUACACUGCGCAAAUUGGUGCUGUCAUCAAGUUUAUGGAGAUGUUUAGGGAGGAAACCAACUGGGUUAUGCCCUUCCUACAUGUUCUGUUUGUGGACACGCGGCUACUAGCUACGAGAGCAGACUACGAGGCUUCGGAGAAGGCAGGAGACGAGAUCCACGACAGUCUACGCAGCGCUGAGCAGCAUUUAAAGAAAGGUUUCGCUAUGGCUGCCAAUGAUCGAGCUCCAUCCGAGCACAACAAGAAGAUGGGCGCGCUAUUCAUCGUGAACCAGCUCUUCAAGAUCUACUUCAAGCUCAACAUGAUCCACUUGUGUCGCAACCUUAUCCGUGCAGUGGAAGGCCCAGCGUUCCCCAAGUUUGAGCUCUUUAAUAAGAGCGACAAAGUCACGUACCAGUAUUAUGUAGGCCGCAUCUCCAUGUUCGAAGACCAGUACCAGAAGGCGGAGACAUGUCUCGACUACGCGUGGAAGCACUGCCAUCGUGGCAAGACGCGCAACAAGCGCAUGAUUCUGCAGUUCCUUGUGCCCGUGAAGCUGCUGCUGGGUAUCAUGCCGUCUCCUAACCUGCUGUCCGACUUUGCACUGGAAGAGUACACGGGUCUCACGGACGCCAUUCGAGACGGCAAUCUGCACCUCUUCACGGAGUAUCUGGCCCAGUACCAGGAUAAGUUCAUCCAACAAGGCGUGUAUUUAUUGAUUGAGAAGCUCCGCCUCUUGGUUCUGCGAAAUCUCUUCAAGAAAGUAUAUCUAAUCCAGCAGAGUCACCAACUGCAGAUGCAGGACUUCCAGUUGGCGCUGAACGUUGCCACGGGUCACUCGAUGGACAUGGAUGAGAUCGAGUGUGUCCUCACGAACCUCAUCUUCAAGGGCUACAUCAAGGGCUAUAUGUCGCACACGAAGAAGAUUCUCGUCGUCAGCAAGGCGCAACCAUUCCCUCCGAUCGUGGAUGUGUCGAGCUAGGUUGCAUGUGAGACGUGAACAACCUCAGGAAUAAUCUUGAUCUCUGUAACAAAACCACAGACU